CGACAUUGGCUCAGGCGGUAAGAGCAGUUGACUGGCAGUUGGAGCGUUGCCGGUUUGAUCCCACCUUGGGUGUGUCAAAGUGUCCCUGAGCAAGACACCUGCGCCCAAAAUGUUCCUGACAAGCUGGUUGGUGCCUUGCAUGGCAGCCAAAUCGCCAAAUCGUUGGUGUGUGAGUGUGUGUAUGAAUGGGUUCAUGAGAAGCAUCAACAAAGGCGCUAUAUAAAGGCCAACCAUUUAAUUAUUUAUUUCAUUUGACAAUUACGUGUCCCUGGCAAACCUAAUAGCCUACACUUAAUAGAUAUGUUAGACAUUUUGCUAUUUGCAACAUUCAAAUUAAAUCUACACGCCACCUAGAAGCCAUCCAGCAAUAAUAUCGGUUUAAUAUCGCCGGUGGGAAAGUGAUGACACAAAUCACAGUUACUCAAAAUGUACAGUAUCGUGCUCCCAGAUUAACCACGGUAGAUAAUAGCCUAGCCUACUCUGUGACUGCCAUCACAUACAACUUGUUGGGCGAUGUUUACAGCGUGGAAGCCUACCCAUUUCUACACAAAAGUGUGUUCGUUCUUAGUCGGUGCCUUGAUGAUGGGAAUUUGUAAACUAGCCUAUCAGUCGCACCAAGGACUUUUGGGAGCCCAAGUACUAGGCCUACGUAGAAGUUUCACUUGACGCCUGUGUUGGGGCUUGGGAAUCUGAAUGAAAUAAGAAUUUACAAUACGUCGUCGCUUUAACUGGACGGAAGGUUUGCUUACUCCAUUGCUUUAUCUGACAAGCCCAAGAAAGCUGACGGUGAUGCGGAAAGCUGUCAGUGCCUUUUCUGAACUAAAUCCCAGAGAGUGGAGGCUAUUUAAAGUGCACUCUCAUUAUUACUUUCCAGAACGAAAUUAUUUUGAAAAUAAUUAAAGUAUACAGUUCUUAGAAUAAAUUCCAUCGGCUAUGCGUACGUAUUAUUACCCGUCACUGUAUGUAGCCAAUACUUAAAAUGGGCCGAGUUUUGUGAAUUUCCCUACUGUAACAUGUGAAAAUGUAUACUCGUAGUUUAAAAAUAAACUUCACGGAGGCAUAAGCCGCAUAUACGUAUGUACCCAACGUCAGGGGACACUUGAAACGAGAGAAGGUGAUUUCUGUCAAGAAGGUUACAAUUAAAUGAACUAUUUCAUUAACUCCGUACAUAUCUGAAGGGGGGGCGUGAUCACGGAAGAUUCCUUCUGGAUUUCAGCACUACCAGAGGACACGCCGUAUUUUCGUGGAAAAAAUCGGUUCUGCGAGAGGUCUGUAGCCAUCGCAGUUUUAUUUGCGAUUCGCAAGGGAUGCAUUUUCAUCUCUUCGUGAAACGAGCCCUGCCCUCUGCUCAGCUGGCUCUCCUCGGCCUCAGCCUGGCGCCAGUCCAACGCCACACCUCCUGCAGCUGUGGGGAGAGCCAGCUCAGUCCAACACCACUCCUCCUGCAGCUGUGGGGAGAGCCAGGGAGUCCCUCCCACUCUCUGUCACGCAGUUUCAGAGAAAACGAAACUCUCUCUCUGUUUGCGUCAAAUAACUAGGUGGGUCUGCUCAGAACUAGGAAAUAUCUCUUUCACACGCCGAUUCAGAGAAACUACACUACCUUCUGAAUAAAAACUGAUCUCAUCAGUUUUUUUUUAGCCAUUUUUUUGUAAAAUGGCUGAAGGUGGCGUUUUACUGGAUCAGGACCAGUUCAGCUGUUCGAUCUGUCUGGAUCUACUGAAGAAUCCGGUGACUAUUCCCUGUGGACACAGUUACUGUAUGGGCUGUAUUCAGGGCUGCUGGGAUCAGGAUGAUCAUACUGGUGUCUAUAGCUGUCCCCAGUGCAGAGAGACCUUCACCCCAAGGCCUGUUUUAAGAAGAAACACCAUGUUUGCUGAAGUGGUGGAGAAACUGAAGAAGACAGGACUCCAAGCUGCUCCUCCUGCUCACUGUUACGCUGGACCUGGAGACGUGGCGUGUGAUGUCUGCACUGGGAGAAAGCACAAAGCUGUCAAGUCCUGCCUGGUGUGUCUGGCCUCUUACUGCGAAACUCACCUCCAGCCUCACUAUGAAUCUCCUGCCUUUAAGAAGCACAAACUGGUGAAAGCCACUGGAAACCUGCAGGAGAAUAUCUGCUCUCAUCAUGACGAACCACUGAAGAUUUACUGUCGUACCGAUCAGCAGUGUAUCUGUUAUCUGUGUACAAUGGAUGAACACAGAGGCCAUGAUACAGUCUCAGCUGCAGCAGAAAGGACUGAGAAACAGAAGCAGCUGGGGGCGACACAGAGUAAAUUCCAGCAGAGAAUCCAGGAGAGAGAGAAGGAGCUGCAGGAUCUGAGACAGGCUGUGCAGUCACUCAAGCGCUCUGCACAGGCAGCAGUGGAGGACAGUGAGAGGAUCUUUACUGAGAUGAUCCACUCCAUUGAGAGAAGGUGCUCUGAGGUGAAAGAGCUGAUCAGAGAUCAGGAGAAGGCUGAAGUGAGUCAGGCUGAAGGACUCCUUGAGCGACUGGAGCAAGAGAUUGCUGAGCUGAGGAGGAGAGACGCUGAGCUGAAGCAGCUUUCACACACAGAGGAUCACAUCCAUUUCCUCCAGAGCUGUCAGUCUCUCUGUGCCCCUCCUGGACCUGGAGACUUACCCAGCAUCACUGUCAGUCCACACGUCUCUUUUGAGGCUGUGAGGAAAUCUGUCUCUGAACUGAAAGAGCGACUGGAGGACGUUUUCAAGGCGGAGUUGGUCAAAGUUUCUGGAAAAGUGGGAGAAGUCCAUAUUGUUGGCCCUGAAGAGCCCAAGACCAGAGAGGACUUCUUACAAUAUUCCUGUCAGCUCACACUGGACCCCAACACAGCGUGUGAAUACCUCCGUCUGUCUGAGGGGAACAGAGAGGUGACCAGUGUGGGAGAGAUCCAGUCUUAUCCUGAUCAUCCAGAGAGAUUUGACUACUGGUGGCAGGUGCUGUGCACAGAGGGUCUGUCUGGACGCUGUUACUGGGAGGCUGAGUGGAGUGGAGAUGGGGUUUAUAUAGCAGUGUCAUAUAAAGACAUCAGCAGGAAAGGAGAGGUUGAUGACGCUGCUCUGGGAUGUAAUGACAAGUCCUGGGCUUUGUUCUGCUCUCGCUCUGGUUACUCUUUCUGGCACAAUAAUAAGGACACUAAAAUCCCUGUUCCCCCCUCCUCCAGAAUAGGAGUGUACCUGGAUCACAGGGCAGGAACUCUGUCCUUCUACAGCGUCUCUGACACAAUGACCCUCCUGCACACAGUCCAGACCACAUUCACUCAGCCCCUCUACCCUGGGUUUUGGCUUUAUAAUUAUAAAUCCUCUAUAAAACUGUGUGAUCUGGGUUGAGUCAGAAACUGAAGGGAAGAUCAGCUGUAAUUAAAGAGAGGGAAAAACAGUGAGAUGAAACAGUGAAAUGAGAUAGAAAAUGAAUUAAAUGAAAUAUUGGGCUGGCUCAUUACACCAAGGGCCGAGUUUCACCUUGAUAUGCAGCUUCACAAACCUGUUUUAAUAAGAUUUGGUGAAGUCACUGUUGUGACUCCAUUUUGAUGAUUUAGGAGUGCUUAAUGGAUGAUUUUUGAGACGCCUUUAGAAGUAUUACAUCGCUGUACAGGGCGUUCAGUGCUGCAGCACCCAGGCUCUGGAAUGACCUUCCUGGGUGCAAUAGGACUUCUGAAUCCAUCCAGUCUUUCAGAACACAGUUAAAACCUGUCUGUUUAGGGAGGCCUAUCACACUGGUCAUCACACAUAGCAUUUCUCUACUCAUUGGCGGUUCUCCUCCCUGCUGGUUCCUUGUAAACAUUGUUUUUAUAGCUUGCUCUUUUUUUUACUCUUGCUUUUUGUGUUGCUUCUUGUAUUGUUAUUAAUCAUCCAUCCAUCCAUCCAUUAUCUGAACCCGCUUAUCCUGAUCAGGGUCGCAGGGGGGCUGGAGCCUAUCCCAGCAUACAUUGGGCGAAAGGCAGGAAUACACCCUGGACAGGUCGCCAGUCUAUCUCAGGGCACACACACCAUUCACUCACACACUCAUACCUACGGGCAAUUUAGACUCUCCA